UUCUUCUUCUUCUUCCCAAAAAAAAAUAAACAUCAUUGUCACACAGUGCCAUAAAAAUAUACAGUAUAUAUUAUGUUGUCGCUUCGUUGUCAAUUCUCCCAUCUAUUUUUAAUUUUUAAACACUCACGAGUCACUCAUGACUCACCGAGUCACCAUAAUGUCAUUACCUGUAAAUUUCUGAAAUGAAUACAUAUUAAUUUUAAUUUUUGUCGUACAGUACAUUUGCUUUUGGUUUUGGCUUUUUAUUUAUGAACAUAAUUCCAAUCCAGCUCUUUUUUUAUCUCGAAAAAAAAAAAAAAAAAUUCUAAGCCUGUCACCCAGUUCAGUGUUCCAACCCAACACAUCAUCAUCGUCAAUCAUCAUACCCCACCUAUCUCUCUGUGUCUCACUCUUUGUUUGCUUUUGUUGUUGUCGUUGUUCCCAAUAAUUAAAAAAUCGUCAACCUUUUCUUUCCUCGGAGAAUUUAAAUCAGAAGCUAUGGUGUGAAGUGACUGAGAGAGAGAGAGAGAGAGAGAGAGAGAGAGUCUGAGUGAGUGAAUGAAUGAAAGAUCCGACAACAAUGGUGGGUUUUUGGAGAGAGAGUUUAUGUUCGUUUGUGAACAACAGAUGGCUGGUGUUUGUGGCAGCAAUGUGGUUGCAGUCGUGUGCAGGGAUUGGGUACUUGUUUGGUAGCAUAUCACCUGUGAUAAAGAGCUCGCUUAGCUAUAACCAGAGGCAGGUUGCGAGGCUUGGUGUGGCUAAGGAUUUAGGUGACAGUGUUGGGUUCUUGGCUGGGAGCUUGUGUGAGGUCUUGCCCUUGUGGGCUGCUCUUCUUGUUGGUGCUAUCCAGAAUCUUGUUGGGUAUGGCUGGGUUUGGCUUGUUGUCACUGGGAGAGUCCCAACUUUGCCUUUGUGGGCUAUGUGCAUUCUUAUAUUUGUGGGAACAAAUGGUGAGACAUACUUCAACACAGUUGCUCUGGUUUCUUGCGUGCAAAAUUUCCCAAAAAGUAGGGGUCCUGUGGUUGGAAUUCUGAAAGGAUUUGCUGGAUUGGGUGGUGCAAUUUUGACUCAGAUAUAUACAGUGAUUCAUUCCCCUGAUCAUGCAUCUCUGAUUUUCAUGGUUGCAGUCGGUCCAGCAAUGGUAGUUAUUGCUCUAAUGUUCCUUGUCAGACCUGUUAAAGGUCACAAACAAGUCCGGCCAACUGAUGGCGUAUGCUUCACAUAUAUCUAUAGUGUGUGCAUCCUACUGGCUGCUUAUUUGAUGGGGGUCAUGCUUGUUGAAGAUCUGGUUGAUUUGAACCAUACAGUGAUCACAGUUUUUACUGUAAUUUUGUUUAUCCUUCUCCUGAUUCCAAUUGUGAUUCCCGUGUCACUGAGUUUUUUGAUAGAUCCAAGACCUCCAGAAGAAGAGGCACUUCUGCCUGAGCCACAGAAACAAGAACCUGGCGGACUUCAACAGGAGUCUAGUGAGCUAAUAUUCAGUGAGCUGGAAGAUGAAAAGCCUAAGGAAGUGGACUUGCUUCCAGCAUCAGAGAGGCAAAAACGAAUUGCCCAAUUGCAAGCAAGACUCUUCCAGGCAGCUGCAGAUGGAGCAGUAAGGGUCAAGAGGAGGAGGGGUCCACAUAGAGGGGAGGACUUCACCCUGAUGCAAGCUUUAAUUAAAGCAGACUUUUGGCUUAUGUUUUUCUCACUUCUAUUGGGUUCUGGAUCUGGGUUGACAGUGAUUGAUAAUCUGGGUCAGAUGAGCCAGUCUCUAGGGUAUGAUAACACACAUAUAUUUGUAUCCAUGAUCAGCAUUUGGAACUUUUUAGGUCGAAUUGGUGGCGGUUACUUCUCUGAGCUUAUUGUGAGGGACUAUGCUUAUCCAAGACCAGUGGCAAUGGCUGUGGCGCAAUUCAUUAUGGCAAUUGGUCAUAUUUUCUUUGCAAUGGGGUGGCCUGGGGCAAUGUACAUUGGUACGCUGUUGAUUGGACUUGGUUAUGGGGCUCAUUGGGCGAUUGUGCCAGCUGCUGCCUCCGAGUUGUUUGGUUUGAAAAAAUUUGGGGCUUUGUACAAUUUCCUCACAUUGGCAAACCCUGCAGGUUCUUUAGUCUUCUCUGGUCUAAUUGCUAGCAGUAUAUAUGACCGUGAAGCAGAGAAGCAAGCUCAUCAACACCAUUCCCAGCAGCAGAAUUGGGGAUCAAUUUUCUCAGGCAUGUUUGGUGUGGAUGAACCACUGAAGUGUGAAGGUGCCGUAUGCUUCUUUCUAACUUCAGUAAUAAUGUCUGGAUUCUGCAUUAUCACGGUUGUAUUAAGCAUGAUUCUUGUUUAUCGGACCAAGAUUGUAUAUGCUCACCUCUACGGGAAAUUGAGUUCAACUAAGCUUACAUAACCGGAUUAUCAUCCAAA